CCACUUUUCCUAAGUUACAUUUUAGUGAAGACUUGAAGUAAACGUGUAGUUUUCCUUUAAAAGGACACCAGUUGAACCUUUGCUCCCCGGGAAGUUGCUUGGGGAAAUAUGGCUGACACUCGCACACAUGUUGGGCUUUGUACUAAAAGUCGGCCUUGUGUGGCGCCAGGCGAGCGCUGCCGGACGCAGGCGUUACGGCUGAAGUUAUUCUCCGCAGCGUUUUACGGACUCAGCUCCUUUCUCAUCGUUAUCGUGAACAAAAGUGUCCUUACGGGUCACAGAUUCCCGUCAUCAUUGUCACUGGGGAUUGGCCAAAUGUUGGCGACGGUGAUUGUGUUGUGGGGGGCAAAACAACUUAAAGUCAUCCAUUUUCCUGAUUUUGACAGAAACAUCCCCCGCAAGACGUUCCCGCUCCCUCUUCUCUAUGUGGGAAACCAGCUAACGGGACUUUUUGGAACAAAACAAGUGAACCUGCCCAUGUUCACCGUGCUCCGGAGGUUCUCUAUCCUGUUCACCAUGCUGGCUGAGGUCCGCCUGCUGGGAAAGAGGUUUACAUGGACCAUAAAGGCUACAGUAUUUACUAUGAUCUUCGGAGCUUUUAUUGCUGCAAGUACAGAUCUGGCUUUCGACCUGCACGGCUACGUGUUUAUCACCCUGAACAACCUACUGACAGCAGCCAGCGGGGCCUACAUGAAACAGAAGCUGGACUCCAAGGACCUGGGGAAGUAUGGACUGCUGUAUUAUAACGCCUUGCUCAUGCUGGUCCCCAUUGUGGGUUUAUCGUAUUAUACUGGAGACCUUGACAAAACGCUAGCGUUCGAUGGAUGGACGGACGUGUUCUUUGUUGGCCAGUUUGUUCUGUCCUGUGUGAUGGGGUUCAUCCUCAUGUACUCCAUAGUGCUGUGUACACACUACAACUCUGCUCUGACCACCACUAUUAUAGGCUGCAUUAAGAAUAUCCUGGUAACUUACAUCGGGAUGGUGUUUGGUGGAGAUUACAUCUUCACCUGGCUAAACUUCGUUGGGUUGAAUAUCAGCAUCGCCGGGAGUCUUGUGUACUCCUAUGUCACGUUUGCAGAGGAACACAAAAAGAGCGCCUAGUAGGUGUGACAGAGGCUGGACGGUGCUGUGGUCAGGAGGAGACUGAAGAGAUUACACAGUAUCCCAGGGCCUGUUUACACCUUGCACCGACAUGCCUUUCUUCUACUGAACAUAUCCGCAUAUACUUUGGCUGUAUUCUGUUUAAAUGUCUUACUAAAAUGCAUCUCUAGUAUGACCAGAUGAGAUCUGAUGGUAUUCACAAUCAAA